AUGGUUAAAGUCCUCCUGACAGGUGGUAGUGGCUUCAUUGCCGCCCACAUCAUUGAUAUUUUGUUGGCACGCGGAUUCGAUACAGUGGUGACGGUCCGCUCCGACGAGAAGGGCCAGAGAAUCCUCGAUGCCCAUCCCAACACGCCCAAGGAGAAGCUCUCCUACGUCGUCGUCAAAGAUGUCGCGGCCGACGGGGCAUUCGAUGACGCCGUCAAAUCCAACCCACCGUUCGAUUACGUCCUCCACACUGCUUCCCCGUUCCAUUACAACGUACAAGACCCCGUGAAGGAUUUUCUAGAUCCAGCGAUCAAGGGCACGACGGGUGUUCUGAAGGCAGUCAAAGCAUAUGCACCGACGGUGAAGCGGGUCGUGGUCACGUCGUCUUUUGCGGCGAUUACCAACCCUAAGGAGCAUCCCAAGGUGUACAGCGAAAACAACUGGAACCCCGUAACGUGGGAGGAUGCUAUGGAUCGCUCCCAAACCUACAGAGCCAGCAAGACAUUCGCAGAGAAAGCCGCGUGGGACUUUGUUGAGAAGGAGAAGCCAAACUUCGACAUUGCGACCAUUAACCCACCGCUUGUCCUGGGUCCGGUCGUGCACUACUUGAACUCCCUCGACUCCAUCAACACGUCCAAUAUGCGGAUCGCUGGGUUCAUCCGAGGCGAAUACAAGGACAAGUUGCCCCCGACUGCCACAUACCUGUGGGUCGACGUACACGAUGUUGCUCUAGCGCACGUGAGAGCCAUUGAAGUCGAUGCGGCGGGCGGACAGCGGUUCUUUUUGACCGCUGGCCUGUACUCCACCAAAGACAUUGCCGAUAUCAUUCGAGAAUCGUUCCCUGCCCUGGCUGACAAGCUCCCUCCGCCGGACUCGCCCAGUGAUAUGCCAGCUGAUGUCUACGGGUAUGACAACAGCAAGUCCAUCGAGGUGUUGGGUAUCAAGUAUCAUACUCUGAAGGAAUCUGUGGAGGAGACCGUCAAGAGUCGUCUGUUUGCACUUCCGCAAACAUUGACGCCUCCUCAGGAACCGCCGACCUCCAGGGUGACCUACACGUCCGAAACGGCCACCCUCCCCCAUCCGAUUCGAGCGUCCAUUGCAAGCCCUCGGUCCUCGUUGGCAAGAGGAGACUGGGGUUUGAAACGACCUCUGCCUGCCAAGAGCACAUCCGCGCAAGCCAAGCGGCCUAUCGUUCGAAUCCUUGAACACGAUACCUACGAACAUGUCACCGACUUUGAGUCUGCCUCCGACCACACGGUGACCUUGGAGAAAUUCCAGGAACUCCACAUGCCCAUGUCGCUCCCGACUAAGGUCAACUACGCCACGAGCAUCGUCCCCAGACACCAGAGUCCCUUCGAGACACACCUCGACAACACGAACACGAGUGCUGGUCUGGAUCAGCCCGGAGCCCGGCAAUACAAACAUUCAGGACCGUGGCUUGCUGGACUGUCGGAAGCAGAAUUCAACGCGUACCUGAAGAAGGUGCAACGGGGUCGCCCUGCGAUUAUGCACAAGCUUCGCGAGCAACUCGUUGCCAAGCGGACCGCCGAGCGCAAGAAGCAAGCCCAGGACAACGGCGAGGAUCUGCAAGCCCUGAGCCCCGUCCAGGUGACCGACGAGGAGUUCCAGGUCUAUUUGAAGAAGCUCCGAGCGGACCCGUUCGCGUUGGGCCCCGUGGUCUUUGAAUUGCUAGACCUCCCGUCUUCUCCGGCGGUGCCCAGUGACCGCAUCGGCCAGAAGUACUUCCAGUCUCCCGGCACCAAGCUCCCGUCGGCCGAGUACGCCGUGACCGGUCCUCCGCGCACCCACCCCUCCGCCGGUCUCUCCUACUCGCGAUCGCACGCCUUGAUCUACAACCACCCCAAGUUCGGGCCUCAGACCUACCAGCGCCCCGUCGAGGCGCGUAUCCUGCGCCCGAAGGGCCGCUUCAAGGGCAAGACCGCCAAGGCCAUCGCCGGUGUGGGUGGUAUUGCCGUGGAAGACCUGAACGCCAUGACCUUCGUGGAGCAAGGAUCGCCUCCCGGCCUGGCCGCCUUCGACGCCACGAUCCCCGGCGGUGCCAAAUACUACGUGACGCCCAUCCGGGCCUCGAUCAACUCCGAGGGCCGCAUCAACCUGGCGUCCUACCGGGCCAGCGCCUCCGCCAAGGCGCCCCACGGUCUCGAAGAUUACAAGAAGCCGAACACUCUGAAUAUUGCGGACUACGCUCGCGGAUACCAGCGAACGGUCCCCCGGCUGGACAGAGGCAUGCGCCGCAAUACAUCGGCUCCGAGCCCUGAAUCGCAGGGCUCCACCGAGGACAUCGCGCGGAACUUGAUGAAGACGUUGAGCUCGUAG